CCCCCGCCCCUCGAGAACUCGUCCGCUCUGCCCGAGGGGACGGAGGCAACGCCAAGGGUGGGGGGAAGCUGCGCGCCCACCGGGAGCGCCCGCCACGACUAGCCGCAGCCUCAGCAGCCCACUGGCCAGACGCUGCCUCGCCAGGGCUGCCUCCCCUUCCCGACGCCCCUUCCUCGCCCUGGCGCUGGAAAUGAAGAGGGUUUGCACGUUGUCCCUCUGGCUCUGGAUCGGGAUCGUCUCCGAGGCAGAUUUAGUGAGAAGCUAUUCUAUGACCCCACCCACUCUUAGCAUCACAGAAGAGGAAUACGUGAUCAACACUAAAGAUACAUUGAAUAUUACUUGCAGAGGACAGCAUCCCCUGGAGUGGUCGUGGCCUGGAGGCCAGGAGGACACUGUCCAGAUUGGAAAGGACAGCGAAUCAGUGGUGUUGGUGAGUCUCGACGGCGUCCGAACAGUCAAGGAAGAGGAUUGUGAGGGCACUGACACAAAGCCCUACUGCAAGGUCUUGACACUGACAGGGACUCAGGCUAACGACACAGGCUACUACCGCUGUUACUACAAGUACAUCAAUGCCAAAAUCGAUGGCACCACUGCAGUCAGCACCUAUGUGUUUGUGAGAGAUUUUGAACAGCCGUUUAUUAAUAAACCAGAAACUCUUCUGAUCUACAAGAAGGAAAGUAUCUGCGUCCCAUGCCUGGUAUCCAUCCCAGACCUUAACAUUACUUUGCUCUCGACAGCCUCUAUUAUCUACCCAGAUGGGAAGAGCAUUAUCUGGGACAAUAAAAGAGGAAUAUUGGUUCCAACCUUACUGAUCAAGGAUUCCCUAUAUGUUCAAUGUGAAACUUUCAUUGAGAGGAGAUCCUUCAAAUCCAGUUUCUUCCUUGUUCACAUUGCAGGAAAUGAACUCUAUGACAUUCAGAUGUUUCCAGGGAAGGCCAUGGAGCUGCUGGUUGGAGAAAAGCUAGUUCUGAAUUGUACAGUAUGGGCUGAGUUUAAUUCUGGAGUUGAUUUCCAGUGGAGCUAUCCUGCAAAACAGAUGAACCGGGAAGUCACAGAACUGCCUGAGCGGCGCUCACAGCAGACACAUACUGAGCUUUCCAGCAUCCUGAUCAUUCAAAAUGUGAGCCAGCAGGAUGUGGGGAAAUAUACGUGCAUGGCUAGCAAUGGGGAGCAGAUCUUCAAGGAGAGCAUAGAUGUCAUCGUACAUGAGAAGCCUUUCAUCAAUGUGGAGUGGAAGAAGGGCCCAGUAAUAGAAGCAACAGCAGGCGAUGAUGUUGUGAAGCUGCCAGUGAAAGUGGUUGCAUACCCCCAGCCUGAGUUUCAGUGGUUUAAAGAUGGAAGGUUAAUUUCCAGUAGACAGGCUCAGUAUUCUAUGCUGAUCAAGGAUGUGGCAGAGCACAAUGCUGGCACUUAUACAUUGGUUCUUAGGAAUGGGCUGGCUGGCCUAGAGAAGCAUAUCAGUCUCCAGCUGGUGGUCAAUGUUCCUCCACAAAUCCACGAGAAAGAAGCAUCUUCACCAAACAUCUAUUCCCGUAAGAGUCGGCAAGCACUCACCUGCACUGUUUACGGCGUCCCAGCACCAGAAAAAAUCCAGUGGCAAUGGCGGCCUUGGACACCCUGCCGAAUGUUCUCCCACCGCAGUCUUAGCAGGAGGAGGACUGCACGGCGCCAUCAACGAGACCGGAUGCCCGAAUGUAAGGACUGGAAGGAUGUUUCGCAGCAGGAUGCUGUGAACCCCAUUGAGAGUAUUGACACCUGGACAGAGUUUGUGGAAGGAAGGAACAAGACGGUCAGCAAACUGGUCAUCCAAGAAGCCAGCGUUUCUGUUAUGUACAAGUGCGUAGCCUCCAACAAAGUUGGUCGUGAUGAACGCCUCAUCUAUUUCUAUGUGACCACUAUUCCAAAUGGAUUUGAAAUUGAGUCACAGCCUUCAGAAGAGCCCAUUGAGGGACAAGACCUGAGGCUGAGCUGCAAUGCUGAUAACUAUACCUAUGAGAACCUGCAAUGGUACCGGCUCAACCUCUCAAAGCUGCAUGAUGAAGAGGGCAACCCGCUGGUCCUGGACUGCAAGAAUGUCCACCUCUAUGCAACCAAAAUGCAAGGCGAACUGCACUUCAAGCCUAGUUCCAACUAUGCUGCCUUGACACUUACAAUCCCGAAUAUCUCGCUAGAGGAUGAGGGAGACUAUGUAUGUGAAGUGCAGAACCGUGAGAACAGUGAGAAACACUGCCACAAAAAAUAUAUUUCUGUGCAUGCAUUGGAAAUCCCAAAGUUGAAGCAGAACCUGACAGACAUCUUGGUAAACGUGAGUGAUUCCAUAGAGAUGCGCUGCAGAGUUGACGGCACACACAUUCCAAACAUCAAUUGGUAUAAGGAUGAGAAGCUUGUAGCAGAGGUGUCAGGGAUUGACCUGGCAGAUUCCAAUCAGAGGCUCAGUAUCCAGAGGGUAAGAGAAGAGGACGCCGGCCUCUACUUAUGUAGUGUCUGCAAUGCCAAGGGUUGUGUGAACUCUUCUGCCAGUGUCUCUGUGGAAGGCUCAGAUGACAGGACCAAUGUGGAGAUUGUUAUCUUAAUUGGGACUGGUGUCAUUGCCAUCUUCUUCUGGAUUCUCCUAAUCCUGAUCUUCUGCAACAUUAAGCGACCUGCUCAUGCUGACAUCAAGACUGGCUACCUUUCCAUCAUAAUGGAUCCAGGUGAAGUUCCCUUGGAGGAGCAAUGUGAAUACCUACCUUAUGAUUCUAGCAAAUGGGAGUUUCCUCGGGAACGACUCCGGCUAGGCAAAGUCCUAGGCCAUGGAGCCUUUGGGAAAGUGAUGGAAGCCUCUGCAUUUGGAAUUAAUAAGAGUAACAGCUGUGAGACUGUGGCAGUUAAAAUGCUCAAAGAAGGAGCUACUGCAAGUGAGCACAAGGCACUCAUGUCAGAACUGAAGAUCCUCAUCCACAUAGGAAACCACCUCAAUGUAGUUAACCUGUUGGGUGCCUGCACCAAACCUAAUGGACCCCUGAUGGUAAUUGUUGAAUUCUGUAAAUAUGGAAACCUCUCGAAUUAUCUGAGAACCAAACGAGAAGGAUUCAGUCCUUACAGGGACAAAUCUCCCAGAUUGCGCAUCCAGGUUCGAUCCAUUGUGGAAGCUGUCAGAGCUGACAGAAGGAGCCGUUCUGGUACCAGCGACAGUGCAAUUCUUAAUAGACUUUUGAUGAAUAAGAGCCAGCCAACAUCACUACCACCUCCUCUCAUACAAGAAGUGGAUGAUUUGUGGCAAAGCCCUCUGACCAUGGAAGACCUGAUCUGCUACAGCUUCCAAGUGGCCCGUGGUAUGGAGUUUCUGGCAUCCAGAAAGUGCAUCCACAGAGACUUGGCAGCUCGUAACAUCUUACUGUCAGAGAACAAUGUGGUCAAGAUUUGUGACUUUGGUCUGGCCCGGGACAUCUACAAGGAUCCUGAUUAUGUCAGAAAAGGCAGUGCCCGUCUUCCACUAAAGUGGAUGGCUCCAGAAAGCAUCUUUGACAAAGUCUAUACCACACAGAGUGAUGUCUGGUCAUUUGGAGUUCUCCUGUGGGAAAUCUUCUCUCUAGGUGCCUCUCCAUACCCUGGAGUUCAAAUCAAUGAAGAAUUUUGCCAGAGACUGAAAGAUGGUACCAGGAUGAGAGCUCCAGAAUAUGCCACUGCAGAAAUUUACCGUAUAAUGCUAAGCUGCUGGUAUGGUGAUCCCAAGGAGAGACCAACAUUCUCUGAUUUGGUGGAGAUUCUUGGGGACCUUCUUCAGGAGAAUGUCCAGCAUGAGGGGAAAGAUUAUAUCCCCCUGAAUGACUCUCAGAGUUCUGAAGAUGAUGGCUUCUCCCAGGUGGCUUCUUCCAUCCAACAGAACUCUGAUGAAGAGGAAUCUGAUUUGAGAAUGCACUGUCACAGUAUAGCAGCAAGAUAUUAUAACUGUGUGUCUUUCCCUGGCUGUUUGACUGGUGGGAAUCAGAUAAGAUGUCCGUCUAGAAUAAAGACUUUUGAAGAAUUUCCCAUGACACAAACCAUGUAUAAAGCACAUCCGGACAAUCAGACAGACAGUGGCAUGGUCUUGGCAUCUGAGGAAUUUGAGAGAAUAGAAAAUAGACAUAGAAAAGAAGGUGCAUUCAGCAGUAAUGGAUCCAGUCAAAAUGCAGAAUCAAACAUGGAUCAGUCAGAUCUGAGGGGUCAGUGUCGGCCAUCGUAUCAGUCCCAGCUCAGAGGUCAGACUUUUUACAACAGUGAAUAUGGAGAACUGUCAGAACAAUCUGAAGAAGGCAGUUGCACUCCACCCACUGAGGGGCCCAGUCCCUCUCUCCUUCAUGCUUCAUUCUUUUCAGACCAAUACUGAAGAGGAACAGAUUGAGGAGACACCAGGCAGAGAUAUUAUCCUUUCACGACUGCUGCAGCUUUGCCCUUGUUCUAUUGAGUCACAUUCCAUUAUCCUAGAAGAAAACACAAUGGGGGACCUUGAGGAACAGAUGGCAAUGCGCCUUGGAUAUGAAGAUGGAGGCCAAGCAUUUCAGCAGGGGAUCCAGUUCUUGCAUUUGGCACAAACACAUCCUUAAUAGUGCGAUGGUUUAAUCAUAACCCCCGUGUGCAUGUCUCUGGAAGAAAGUAAAGUGUUCUGCCACCAGGUGGACGUCUACUUUGAAUGCAGCAGCUACCAUUCCGUAUUCAACUUUCAUAAGCUUUAUUUCAGGUCAGAUAAAAAUAGAUAUGUCUUAGCUGAGUUUCUUCCCAAUAGGAUUUGUUUGUUUUGGUUCUCAUUUCAACUCAAGUAGCAGAAGUGGUAAAUAGAACCAAUUGAAUGGAAUCUGGCAAAUGGAGGAAUUGCAGUAUUUCCACUCUAGUUUAGUCCUGCCUCACUGAACAUAUACAAUUAUACAUACAUCAUUUUUGCACAGUCUUACAUGUUUCAUUUAUGUUAAGCCCCAAAAUAACUAGAACUUUCCUCUGUAUUAUUGUGUCCUACAGAUUUAUUCUAAAUUGUUAAUUGUGGGAGAAAAUGACAGAACAAUUGCUUUGUAUCAUAGUAAGUAAGGACAAAUGAUUGGUUAAUGAAGUAGCACAUCAAUGAUCACUUACUUAUAGAAGAGCUACUUUACAGUUUACAGAAAGAAUUAGAGAAUGUCCACCAACUUUGGCAGAAUGUGACAAAGUUCAGAUGUCUUGGGAGGGGGCUGUACCAAUAAAAACUUGAGGUAGUAGAUCACAUAUUUAAAACACACACACAGAACCCAUUCACACAUGUAGAGGGCUAGGGACACACCUUUGUCCAUUUAUGUGCUUAGAAAUGCAAUCCAGAUGGGGAGGAGCGCUGUGGCAGCCAGGCAUGGCAAAGGCAGAGCAGCGCCUCUGCAUUGAGGCAGCGCCAUGCUUUUUCCCCUGCACUGGGCUUUUGGAAAACAUCGUUUCCCAGCUGGCGCCAUGCAAAUGGCACCGGGUUGGAGGCGCUGUUUUUUGGCUCCUCUAUUUUCCCCCACACUUACCUUCUCUCCUUGCAGAGAGAAGGGAUGGGGAGGGACGCCCCCAUUCUCCUUACAAUACCAUACCCCCAUCUCUGCAGGGACAGGGAGGCACACCCCCGCUGCCCUUCGACCCCCACAGGGAGAGAAGAUAAGUGUGGGGAAAGAAAAUGGAAGUGCCUCUGCGGAGGGGCCUCCGCAGGUCACAACUACUCUGGGGCUGCUUGCACCUCAGUGGGAAGCCGCUGUAGGGCUUCCCACUGAAUCUGGCUAAGUCUGCAAGCUCGGAGGGUGUCAUUCUCACUAGAACAUUAGUGGAGAACAACUAAAGUUGGCUCCACCCCCGGGAAAGCCCCGGCCUGUGUAACUCCGUAGCAGCAUAGCUCUGCAGCAGCAUCCACUUUUGGGUUUGCCCACUGCAAAGAUGUGGGAUGGCCAGACAGUGAUACAUUAGCUCCCUCCAACCACAUGGGUGGCCCUUACGCCGGCAGAGGUUGACAAAUGUAUUGGCACAGUCCUCCACCACUCCCAAAGUCCAUUCCCCCACCAUUUGGAUUGAGCUGUAGAUUCAACUAAAAGGCUAGUUUAUAUUGGCUCUCUGGUGUUCCAACAAGCUGGUAGCCAUGACUUGAACCCAAUUUCAUCAUAAACAGUACAUUUCCACUUCCUUGGCAACAUAAUCACCCCAUGUUCCCCCAGCAAAGUAUAGUAUCUUGUCAUGACAGAAGUGAAUGAAUUCAAGCAAAGAAAUCAACCACUAACCAUAUGAUUACUAAGAAGAGACCUUCUGAUGAAAUGAAAAAUUUGAUAAAACUCCAGAAGUUUGUCCAUCUACUUAUCCUACUCAGUUCCUACCAACCUCUGUGUUGUUUCCAAUUAUUAGUUCUGUUUGCAACUUCUAAAUUUUGCAGUCAGCCAGGAAAGAUAUUCCAAAGUUAAUGUAUGCAGAAAUAGCUAAUUUGCAUUAUUUAUUCUGAUUCUGAAAUUUGGAGAUACCUUAGAUUUAUGUGCAUACUUGCCCCACUACCUCAGUCAUCAGUCUUUAGCACAGUUUGUCUCCCUGUUUCUGCUCCUACCGGUAUCUGUAAUUGCUAAACGUUGCUUCAGUGGACUUUUUUGGAAUACAAGGGCAGAAGGUGUAGAGAGAAUCAACUUGAACAUUGUUAUGUUAUCACUCUUGACAACACUGUACCAUAUAUUUUUUUCUCCCUGCUUAUGUUCUGAGGGUCACGGUCACUAAAAAAAACUUCACAAGAACAUCUGUGAAAGCUUUAUGAAGUAGCUUCAGAUCAACUUGUGACUCUAGAAUCCUGUACGCUCCUAUGUCAGAUGUUUCCCCUCUGAAUGGUACCUUCACAUCAAAGGAUUUCUGCUUGCAGGCCAGGCGUUCGUGUAUAGAAUUGACAGUUUGGGUUUCUUUUUUUUCCUAAUGGAGCAUAUUUGUUUUCCAAAGUAUAUAUAUUUUUUUCUCCAUAAGAGGACUUGGUACAUUUACACAUUUGUACUUGCCAUUGUCCAUGCCUUUUCUGUGUCAAUUUGUACCUUGUAUGACUGCACUCAUUGUUUUGUCCCUUUUGAUGGCAUUUCUUAUCCAUACAGGUGUACAGUUGUGGGUUUAGUUAGUUAAUAGGAGUUGAUGAAGUUUUCUUCUACUGUCUGAAGAGGAUGAAGUUCUCUUAUUUCUACAUGUAUGUAUAUAUCUAUAUUUUUAAAAAUUUACUGUUUCUGUCAAAAACUGGAAACUGAAUCAGCAUGUACAUGACAACAACGAAAAAUAUAGUUCUUCAGAAGA